AUGGGAAAUAACUUGAAGAGGCGAUGUAGACAAUUUUUUUCAUCAUUUGCAUUCGAUAUUAAUCUUGCUGUAUUUUUUUUUACUCUUCAUAUUGGUCAGUCAAGCAUUCCGUUAGCAAUGCCCAUUACAAUGAGAAUUCCCAAGAUAUGGAUGAGACAGCUGUCCACAUCGAUGAGAACAUUUGUUCCCGAGGUGAUGACGAGUGAACCGAUCGGCAUGACAGUAGAAGUUGAGAACGCUAGACAAGGUUCCAAAGCUUACAGAAAAAAAGCCAUCCAGGAGAUGAAGGAGAACAUCGAAUUCUUGUUAGAUCAUAAAAAGGAUGAAGAGUUCAAGUUUGAUAUGAGAUUUGAGCCAUUUUACAAGCUGCAAAACAAGCCAAUUAGACAAUCAAUACCUGAAAAGCCAGUAUGUUUAAGUAAUGAAGAAAUAAAUGAGGAUGAAAAGGCUGAAGUAACCAAAUAUUUCACCGAAUUAGUUAGAUUUUCAUAUCCUAGAAAGGAAAAGGUAAUUUAUGAACGUAUCGAAGAGGUUAGAAGAUACCACAAUUAUAAGGAGAUUCGUAACGAAAUAUUACAUUAUCAUUCAAAGAAGGCGAAUGGUACAAAUGUUUCAGAUUUGAUCAAAUCAGAUAGAGACUUCUAUUUUUCUCAAGUGGAAACUCAGUUAUCCUUGUUGAAUAUGACCAAGAUGUACAAGGAUAGUAAGCAAAGUGUGGCACAACUUUUGAAACAUUUGAAAACUAUGAAAAACUAUAAUGUCCCACUUUCAGCAGAGUAUGUUUAUAAGCUAUUUUAUUUAUUACCAAGGGAUGGGGCACAAUUUUUUUUGAGAAAAUUAAAUGAAAAGGGUGUUCCUAUGGAUGAUAUAUUAAGAGAUCGAGAAUACUUCAAGAUAUACAAGUUUGACGAAUUAAAGCAGAAGAUAUUAGACAGGCAAAUUGAUUUUACGUAUGCAUCAUAUAUGCAAUUCACUAAACUGAUGAUCAAAGAGCAUCGGAUAGAGGAAGGUGUUAUGGCGCUUGAUAAAAUUAUCAAUUCAAGGUUAGUUGAGAUCCCAUCAUGUUUGGUAAUGUAUACUAUGGAUCACAUAAUUUCAUAUGAACCGCAUCUAGCUAUACCUGCCGCAAUACAACUACAGAGGCUUACAGGAUGUUCACUAAAGACAUACACUAGCCAUAGAUUAUUGGAAAUGAUUACACAUACGGCUAACCCAAGUGACGAAUCUGUCAAAUUGUUUAAUAUUAUGAUUAAAAACAACAGAUGGCACAAUGAAUUAUUCAAGAAGAACAUGAAUAAACAAAUGACAGAUGAACAAAAGAUGAUUGGAACAGAUGAACAAUUAAUGAAAUUGUAUAAUGACGAAUAUGUCACUAAUAGUGUACCAUUUAAGGUAGGUUUUGAUAUUUCAAUCUACGAGCCAAUUUUUGAGAUGUUCAAGAAUUAUUCCAAAUUCAAGCAGAUCCGUCACCAAAUCGAUGACUCACAGAUCAGUUUUAAUGAUUUAUGGAAAACUGAGAUUUUACCUUUAUUAGACACCAAUAAGAAAUCAACAUUUAUCAAGGUUAGUAAUUAUAUUGUCCAAAAAUAUUUACAAGAGGGGGAGUACGAUCAGAUUAUUCCAUUUGUUGAAUACCUCAAGUCCAAGGAGAUCAAUAUUGAAUAUACAGCAUAUAAGACUACGAUCGAACACAUUGUCCAGUUGGAUCAAGUUAAAGAUCAAACAAAUAAAACAUCAACUGAAUUACAGUUAGCAUCAUUGUUAGCAUUUAAGUUGAAUCUUCAGCGUGUUGAUUUCAUUCGUGACUUUCUAGAGAAACAUCCAGAAUGUGUUUAUGUAGUUGACUCAGCCGGUAAUGGUGCUAAUAAGAAACUUCUCCAGCAAACUUACGAAGAACUAGUAAAUACCUGCAAGUGGGACGUCAAUCAACCGUCUUCAAUUUAA